GGGAAAACCUCGGCUGAUCAUGAUUCCUAAGCCUUUAUAUCGGAGCCACCAUCCUCUAGCGCCGAUCUAAAGCUCCAAGGAAGCUCCAAUGGGUACCUAGUACUGUACCUAUACCAAGCUCCAUAGAAUUUGAACGAUUAGAUUGAUUAUCUUUCGUGAUCAUCAUCGUCCCACGUAAAACUUAAGGUCUUGUAAAAAGUGAAAGGUGAAAGGCGCAUAUCCAUACCAAAUGGAUAGUGUCAUCCUUUCAGGGCGUCACUUACGACGACCACUUUCCAAUUUAAUAUGUAGGACUUGUAGUCGCAGACUCUUACUCUCACCCCGACUCUCUAGUAGAUCCUACGCCAGCGCCGGCCCCCAACAACCGGAUAUCUACGAUGUCGUAUGUGUGGGCGGCGGUCCAGCCGGUCUAAGUUUACUUACUGCGCUGCGCUCGAACCCCACCACCGCCAAACUCCGCGUCGCCCUCGUCGAAGCCCAGGACCUGCGCAAAACGCGCGAGUGGAAGCAGCCGCCGGACCGCUUCUCCAACCGCGUCAGCUCGCUCACGCCGGCGUCUGUGCAGUUCCUCGACCGCGUGGGCGCCUGGCAGCACGUGCGCCGCGCCCGCGUCCAGCCCUACCAGGAGAUGCAGGUCUGGGACGGCGUCACCGGCGCUCGCAUCGGGUUCGAGUGGGCGCUUGGCGCUGUGAAGAAGGAGACGACGAUCGCGUACAUGACUGAGAACCUCAACCUGACGUCUGGCCUUCUGCGGCGGCUGGACGAGUUGGGGGGCGUGGAUGUGUAUGAUGGUGUGAAGGUGGAGGAGAUCACGUUCGGCGAGGAGACGGAGGAGUUGGACUUGCGGGAGUGGCCGGUCGUGCGGCUGGCGGGUGGCAAGCUGCUUACCGCGCGGCUGCUCGUGGGCGCGGACGGUGCAAAUAGUCCCGUGCGGACAUUUGCCGGGAUCGAGAGUAGAGGGUGGGACUACGAACGGCACGGUGUGGUGGCGACGCUCGAGCUGGAAGGGGAGGGCUGGGGCAAGGAUGCGAUGAAGAUUGCCUAUCAGAGAUUCCUGCCUACGGGACCCGUCGCUAUGCUGCCGCUUCCGGGCAACUGCUCCACCCUGGUCUGGUCCACGACGCCUGCUAAUGCCGCCCUGCUGAAAAGCCUAUCUCCGAAGGACUUUAUCGCCCUCGUCAAUGCUGCGUUCCGGCUGAACACUGUCGACCUCGACUUCAUGCACACGCUGAGCUCCGGUCAAGAAGACGAGUUAUCGUGGCGACUGCAGCACACACAGUUCGACCACCGAGCUCUACCGCAGGUCGUCACAGGAGUGCAGGAAGGCAGCAUAGCCUCCUUCCCGCUAAAGAUGCGGCACACAGAUACCUACGUGGGCGAGCGCGUAGCACUAGUCGGCGACGCCGCACACACGAUCCACCCCUUAGCUGGCCAGGGCCUGAACCAAGGACAGGGCGACGUCGAGAGCCUCGCCCGCACGCUCGAGUUUGCGGUCUCGCACGGCCAGGAUAUCGGCGCGAAGACCGCGCUCGAGCCGUACGCGGCUGAGCGGUGGUUACCAAACCAUGUGCUCCUCGGCGUCUGCGAUAAGCUGCAUAAGCUGUACUCGGCGGGCUCGGGCCCGCUGGUCCCGCUGCGCUCGCUGGGGCUUAAUGUGGUCAAUGCGAUGGGCCCGCUCAAGGGGUUUAUUAUGGAUCAGGCGGCGGGGAAUGGGAUUGAUUUGAAGUUGGGGGGGUUGAGGAAGUUGUUUGGACGGUAGCGGGAGGGUUUAUUGGCUGGGUAGAUAGCUACUGUAUUGAAGGACUGCGUAGUAUAUCCAAGUCCUAGAGUGCUAAAACGCUACGUAUCUAGGUAGGGUUGGUAUUGCUAAAAUGAUCGUGAAAGAACGCGAGAGCUUAUGCCUACCUACUAUGGUCGCAAGAAUUACAGGCGCGCGUAAAUCAACAUAUAACAUAAGUACUAACCAUCUAUUAAUUGAAAUGGGAGUUAUCAAUAA